AUGGAGUUCGUCACCGCCCUCCGGGGCACCUUUGACGACCAGAAGCCCUCGCUCUUCGAGCUGCUCUCCGAACAGCAGCUGAACGCGCUCCUGCCGCCCACCCUGCGCUACCUCCUCACCGUCCUCACCCAGCGGUACCCGCGCUACCUGCUGCGCGCCCUCAACUCGUUCGAUGAGAUCUACGCCCUGCUGAUGCUGCUCGUUGAGCGCCACUACCUGCGCACCCGCGGCGGCGCCUUCACCGAGCACUUCUACGGCCUCAAGCGCGAGAAGGCCCUCGCCGCCGAGAUCCCCCGCGCCAGCGCCGCCGCCUCGGGCCUCGUGCGCGAGACCCUCAAGCUCGGCCAUGCCGACGUCUGGAAGAACCUGGCCGUCAUGGUCGGCGUACCCUACCUCAAGCGCAAGCUGGACGAGAGCCAUGAGAUCGAGGCCCCGCGCGCCCUGCUCGGCGCCAACUACACACGCAUGCCCGCCAACCCGACGGUGCGCCAGCGCCUCAUGCACUACUACCGCUGGUUCAUCCGCAACGUAUACCCAUCGGUCCACGCCGGCUACUGCUUCGCCGUGCUGGCCUUCCACCUGGCCUAUCUGUUCGAUGGGUCCAAGUACCACAACCCCCUCAUGUGGCUGAUCGGCACGAGGGUGCGGAGGAUGAACGGCGCCGAUUACAAGGCCAUCGAGGAGCUCGGCAAGCCAAAAGGGGGCGUGCCUCCUGCAGCUGGUCUGAGCAUAUUCUCACCGAGAACGCUAGGCCCGAAGAUAUUAGGAAGCUUGUCAGUUCUAUUACCGACAAGUAUCUUUGCCCUCAAAUUUCUUGAGUGGUGGUAUGCGUCCGAUUUUGCCAAGCAACUGACCCGGAAGGCGGCGGAGAACUUGGAACUUCCUCCACCGGUCGUAAGCGGGUUGUCGGCCUCAGGGCUGAAGACAGCCAAGAAGGGCGCCGAAGACCCCGGCAAGUCGAAAGACGAAGCAGUUCCAAAGGAGGGAAAUACAGAAAAUGCGCCAAUCGCGACGCCUUCACUUAUGCCCAUCUACACGGUACCGCCGCCCGAGGACUCAGAGCUGUGCCCCAUCUGCGAGGACGAGAUCCAAACCGCCACCGCCUGUCAAACAGGGGUUGUCUACUGCUAUUCGUGCAUACAUAAAUGGGUGGAGGGCUCUCACCCCCGGCAGGAAGCUUUCAUGGAGGAGAGGACGGGCAAAUGGGAGAGCGGCCAGGGGAGAUGUGCCGUCACGGGACGCCGCGUGCUCGGCGGUACGGAGGGCCUGCGAAGGAUCAUGGUAUAG